GAACAAGGACGUAUUUGGGGAGGCAGUUCUGAGACCUCCUUUUCUAUAUUUCGGAAAUUAGUGAGAAGUCUAGUAGUGUCCCAUUAUAAUAUAAAAGGGAAGCGACUGAAGGCAAGCCAUGCUUAAGUGACGGGGGUCAUCGUGAGUGGGAGCUACUGUUUUCUUCAAGGUGGCGGAAGGGCUGCACUCGGUGCGGCUCCCUGAAAGUUAAAGAAGAGAGGAAGAGAGAGAUGAUCGGUUUCGCCUCUUCUCUUCUUUCGGAUCAGCUCAGCUCGAGGUCAUCAUCGACUCCUUAAAUUCUGCGUUGCUUCUCAUUCCCUUAGCUCUCUCUCCAAACCCACAAUGGAGAGGAGGCUCAACAAGGCUUGCGUUCUUCUCAUGGUGAUAGCUGGGAUGGAGAGGUUCGUGUUCAAAGGGGUGGCGUCGAAUCUGGUGACGUAUCUGACGGAGGUGAUGAAGAUGAGCAACUCGUCGGCGGCGAAAAUGGUGAACGCCUGGUGCGGCCUCACCUCGCUGCUCCCUCUGCUGGUGGCCCCGCUCGCCGACUCCUACUGGGACCGCUACUCCACCGUCCUGUCCUUCUCCCUCUUCUACGUCGUGGGACUCGUGGCGUUGACGUCAACCGCAUUGGAGUCAGCAUGGCACCCACCGAGCAAGCCCGACUACUCUCCGUACCUCUUCUGGUCCCUCUGUUUGAUCUCCGUCGGCCUUGGCGGGUACAAUCCAUCAUUGCAGGCAUUCGCAACGGAUCAACUCGACAAUGAAGAGGAGCUGCCUCGCAGCAAGGACGAGAAGAAAUCAGGCAAGAACAGCUCGUUCUUUCAAUGGUGGUACUUUGCCAUUUGUAGUGGCAGCCUCCUGGGGAUAACAUUCAUGUCAUACAUACAAGACACCUUCGGAUGGGUUCUGGGAUACGCCAUACCGACUGGAGCGAUGAUUGCAUCGGUUGCAUUUUUCUCAUGCGGAAACAAACUCUGUGGGUACAAACAAGAUGCAAAUAAUGUUGGUAACAAGCCUUUUCUUAUCGUAUAUAAGAGAAUCCGAGCGAUUGCAUCCAAAUUCAAGAAUGGAGCAAUUUCCUUACCAGAUGAGGAGUCUGAAUUGGUGGAGCUAGAGCUGCAAGAGAAACCUCUUUGUCCUCACAAUGUUGGGGUCAUCGAGAACUUGGAAAAGAACCCCAAAAGCUGUCGCUGUUAUGUGAUCAAUAACGGGGGAGUACUCCUUCGGUUGCUGCCUAUUUGGACGAUGCUCCUGAUGUUCGCCGUGAUCUUCAACCAACCGGCGACCUUCUUUACAAAGCAAGGGAUGGCGAUGAAGCGGAACAUCGGGAGCCACUUCGACAUCCCACCAGCGACCCUCCAGAGCGCCAUCACGCUAUCCAUAAUCCUCCUAAUGCCCCUUUACGACAAAAUGCUGAUACCGAUCACAAGGCUAUUCACACACAACAAGGAAGGCAUUAACGUAAUGCAAAGGAUGGGGAUCGGGAUGUUCCUCUCAGUCAUAGCCAUGGUGACAGCCGCGCUUGUCGAGACAAAGAGGCUCGAGAUGAUACGAAGAGCCAAAGACGCCGAAUUGAGCAUCUUCUGGCUGCUCCCGCAGUACAUUCUGCUGGGUAUUUCCGACGUUUUCACCGUGGUCGGGAUGCAGGAGUUCUUCUACAACGAAGUCCCCGUUAGGAUGAGGACCAUGGGAUUCGCGCUGUACACCAGCGUCUUCGGAGUCGGGAGCUUUUUGAGCGCCCUGAUGAUCUCGGUGAUCGAGUUCUUCACGAGGGGCCACAGCUGGUUCUCCGACGACAUGAGCGAAGCCCGCCUAGACAGUUACUACUGGAUUCUGGCCUUGGCGGCUUCAUUGAGCUUGCUUCUGUACGUAGCAUCGUGUAAAUUUUUCAGGAGCCGUAGCUUUGUGGACGGCGAGGAUUGUACAUGAGUUCAUCGUUUUUGAUUUGGUUCUAGGUCGGUCUUUUCAUGAUGUCCCCGUAUCGAAGUUGAUUGUAAAAAUUGUCACCUUUGCCAGCUCCGUUGGACACAAAUUUGCUUGUUUCACGGGUGAAA